CUGAAAUUCUUUCGUUGGGCAAACACGCAGAGGGAACUUGCCGUCUGUCUAGGUGGCGAAUUAACUAAGUUGUCUUUGAAAAGUUCACGACUUCAAAUAAACCCGCAAUGACUUCAACAAACACCUACCAAGGAAUGGAAAUAGGAUCCAAACCAAGUUCCAGGGUGUUGCGGCCUCCUGGCGGUGGCUCCAGUAAUCUGUUUGGUGGUGAAGAGGAUUCUGCUUCAAGAAGACCAAAUAAGAUGGCCUCCAAUGUUUUCCCCUCACCAGAAGAGCCCCAGAGUGUGACAAGACGCACCAAUCCUCCAGGCGGGAAAAGCAGUGGCAUAUUUGGCGAUCCGGAACCUCCAGCUAAGCCACAGAGAUCUGCUCCUCCAGGUGGACCAAGCAGCAACAUAUUUGGGGGUGGAGACGGUUCAUCUGCUCAAAACCAACCCCGAAGUCACCCGAACAAGCCAAAGGAUAAUCUCAGUGUGGGACCUGAGCCUGAACCAGUUUCUAAUCUGAUAGAAAGGCAGUUCCUCAAGAUGACAAUAAAAGCAGCACCGAAACCUGAAGUCAGCCAACCAAAGGCCAAGAAAGAAAGGGCUCCUGCACCUCCUGCGCCUCCCACGGUGGUGAAGGAGGUGCAGGAGGUGCAGAAGGUGCCGAGUCAGCCUGCAGCUGACCCCGCACCUCCGCAGCCUAAAGAACCUCCAGCGGCUGUUGACGAGUCGAUGCUGAAGAAUCACGAGCCUCACCUGGGGCCCAAGCCUCGCUCUCACAACAAGGUUAUCAACCCUCCUGGAGGAAAGUCGAGUGUGGUGUUCUACUGACCACUCCUUGUUUGUGUUGAUUUCAUUCAUCUCUGUGUUUUUGUUCGUUUCCCAUUUCCACAUUUGAUGUUUGCCCCUUCAAAUACAACAAAACAAAGCAGCUUAAUUUUAACGUUGACCUUAUUUCCUUUAAGUUCUUGCACUUUCUGCUUCUUUUGAUUGCCAGCUGUUAAAAAAAAAAAAUCAAUGUUCUUUUCACUUCAGCCUAUGAUCCAAUCCCCAACCAGUUGCUGUUCAGUCUAAAUGUGUCGAAAUGUCUCAUUUUCCAAAGAAUGCUUUGUCGAAACAAAGGUUUCCUUUUUGAGCUUUAAAUUGAACUAAAUGUAAACGGUGUAGACAAUCUUAAAUUUGAGGGUAAGUUAUUAGAUGUUGAAUUGGAUUGAUGUUGAGACUGUAAACAAGGGCAGAGAAUAUAUAUUUUGCUCUAUUUUUCCCUGUGAAAUCCUUGAAUAAACACAGAAUGCACACGCAACUUAAUAUUCAAGCCUUAUCUGUGUUCUUAACUGUUUUUCUGCAAAUCUGUAUUUUUUUUUGCCUUAUCAAUUCUUAGGAUUACUUGUAACACACUUUCUGGGAAAUGAUGGAUGCCAAAAAAUGAACAAAAGGAGAAAAAAGAUUGAAUACAAUUGUAGAUGUUCACACAUUUCUGUUUUCUUUAUGUGAAUGUAUAAUGCAGGUACUCUUCUGUCUUGUCUUCGCUGCUCGCUUUUAUGAAAACAUGCCUUUUGUUUCCUAUCUUGGGGUUGGCCUCAGUUUAUGUUUUAAAUUAAAACGGUUCCAAGACGAGUGAAGUCUGUACAAGCCUGCAGUCUACCCGAGUCAUUGCAGGCCUUUUGAUCAAACACCUUUUUGUCCACAUGAUGCACAUUCAUGGGGGCCCCUUUGUGUUGUAAGGUUGAGUAAUAAAAGCAGCAGCAGAAUUGUGUUUCAAUAAAACAAAAUGUUUUCCAGUGAAA